AUGGCGCCUGAAAUGGGACACAGUACUUCAGUUGAGGGCGGCCAAGGGUCCUUCUCUUCCAAGCUCUUCUCUAAAAACCUCUGCGCCAACUGGAAGUUGUUUGAGGAGGCUCAGGCAAGCUUUGAACUUGGGACUUUGGUGAACUGCUUUGGAGCUGGCCUGUGGGCUGCUAAACAGUUCCUCCAGCUCGGCUCUGAAUCGGAGCAGCGAAGGCAGGGCCGCUACGCCGAGCGGCGAGGAGAAAGCUCCUGCAGAGUCCCGCGCUCUGGCUGUAACCCACUCCAGUGGCCAGGGCUACUGUCACUGAGCUGGCGUCUCGUGCCUUGUGGGAGCCCACCAAGAUGUUGCCUCGUACAGACGCUAAAGCUUCCUGCUCUGCCCUCCGCUAGGUUGGUGCGAGAGUUCGUGGCUCAGAACAACGCGGCGCAGAUCAAGCAUGUGAUCCAGAUCCUGUCGCAGGAGUUUGCUCUCUCGCAGCACCCGCACAGCAGGAAAGGGGGGCUCAUCGGCCUGGCAGCCUGCUCCAUUGCCCUCGGGAAGGAUUCGGGGCUGUACCUGAAGGAGCUGAUUGAGCCGGUGCUGACGUGCUUCAAUGACGCUGACAGCCGCCUGCGGUACUAUGCCUGCGAGGCCCUGUACAACAUCGUCAAGGUGGCCAGGGGCUCUGUCCUCCCACACUUCAAUGUGCUGUUUGACGGCUUGAGUAAGCUUUCUGCUGAUCCGGACCCAAAUGUGAAGAGCGGCUCUGAACUCCUGGACCGCCUUCUCAAGGACAUCGUGACUGAGAGUAACAAGUUUGACCUGGUGGGUUUCAUCCCGCUGCUGCGGGAGCGGAUUUAUUCCAACAACCAGUACGCCCGGCAGUUCAUCAUCUCCUGGAUCCUUGUGCUGGAGUCGGUGCCUGACAUUAAUCUCCUGGAUUACCUGCCGGAGAUCCUGGACGGACUCUUCCAGAUCCUGGGAGACAACAGCAAAGAGAUCCGGAAGAUGUGCGAGGUGGCCCUCGGCGAGUUCCUUAAAGAGAUCAAGAAGAAUCCUUCCAGCGUCAAAUUUGCAGAAAUGGCCAAUAUUCUGGUGAUUCACUGUCAAGCCUCUGAUGAUCUGAUUCAGCUGACAGCCAUGUGCUGGAUGAGGGAAUUCAUCCAGCUGGCCGGCCGGGUGAUGCUGCCCUACUCCUCAGGGAUCCUGACGGCCGUGUUGCCGUGCCUGUCCUACGAUGACCGAAAGAAGAGCAUCAAAGAGGUGGCCAACGUGUGUAACCAGGGCCUGAUGAAGCUGGUCAUCCCGGAAGACGACGAAACAGAUGAGGGCAAGCAAUCCCCGAGCCUCCAGACGGAGCCCGAGGAGGAGUCCCUCUCCCAGCAGGAGGGGGCACCCGGGGGCUGCCUGGAGACCUCCAGCGAGCCCAGCCUCAGCAGCGCCAGCGUCCUCACUGCAAGCAGCAGUGAGCGGGUCCCGGUGACCCUGAACCUGGAUGGGAUCGUGCAGGUGCUGGACUGCCACCUUCACGACACAGCCACCGGGAUGAUGACCAGAAUCGCAGUCCUGAAAUGGCUCUAUCACUUGUACAUGAAGACGCCACGGAAGAUGUUCCGGCACACCGACAGCCUUUUUCCCAUUUUGCUGCGGACGCUGUCGGAUGAGUCAGACGAGGUUAUCCUGAAGGACCUGGAGGUUUUGGCUGAGAUCGCCUCCUCCCCUGCGGGUCAGACAGAAGGCCCGGGGCUGUGCGAUGGCUCCGAUACUCGAUCCAGCCAGUCCGAGUUGCAUGUUCCCAUCAAAGCCAGCCAGCUGAGUUCCUCUGGAGUGAAAGGCAUGGAGUGCUCCCCCGCCACCCCCACCAUGAACUCCUACUUCUACAAAUUCAUGAUCAACCUGCUCAAGAGGUUCAGCACUGAGCGGAAGCUGCUGGAGACCAGAGGAGCCUUCAUCAUCAGGCAGCUUUGUCUGCUUCUCAAUGCAGAAAACAUCUUCCACUCCAUGGCGGACAUCCUGCUGCGGGAAGAGGACCUCAAGUUCGCCUCCACUAUGGUCCACACUCUCAACACAAUACUGCUGACCUCCUCCGAGCUCUUCCAGCUGAGAAACCAGCUCAAGGACCUCAAGACCCCGGAAAGCCGGAACCUGUUCUGCUGCCUGUACCGCUCCUGGUGCCACAACCCCGUGACAACCGUGUCCCUCUGCUUCCUCACCCAGAACUACAAACACGCCUACGACCUCAUCCAGAAGUUCGGGGACCUGGAGGUCACAGUGGAUUUCCUCACAGAGGUAGACAAGCUGGUGCAGCUCAUCGAGUGUCCAAUUUUCACGUAUCUGCGCCUGCAGCUGCUGGACGUGAAGAAUAACCCCUACCUGAUCAGGGCUCUCUACGGGCUGCUGAUGCUGCUGCCUCAGAGCAGCGCCUUCCAGCUCCUCUCCCACCGCCUGCAGUGCGUGCCCAACCCCGAGCUCCUGCAGACCACGGACAGCACCAAGAGCACGCUGGGCUUCAAGAAAGCGACGGCUGCCAACAUCGACUACCUGGAGCUGCUGCAGCACUUUGAGCGCGUCCAGAACAAGCACCUGGAAGUGAGGCACCAGCGAGCCGGCCGGGGGGAGCCCCCAGACCGAAGGGUCGUGCUCUGAGCCCGUGAGCGGGGGGAGCUGGCGGGAAGCGGCGGGUCCGUUGGGGCAGAGGUGGAGGGUGGUCGCGGCGCUUAGCGGAGGAAGGGUUUCCAGACACUGCCGGAGCCCAGCAUCCCCUGCUCAGCUCCAGAGUGGGGGCUCGAGGGACCAGCAAAGCCGCUGCCCCACCCUUGGAGACUCACUAAGGCCUCCCUGGCAGUCAGCUGAGGCCAGAGGGAAGAAGCACUUUCCGCUACCUCCAGCCUCCCGCAGGCAUGGGCCUGUGGGCCUGGGACUGGAUUGGCAUCGCCUCCCCCGUCGCUCGCCAGGUCGGCGUCCCUCUCGGUGGGCUCCUCGGCCUCCCACGUGCACUGGCCUCCGCUCCCUGUGGCUACCGCACCGUGUCGCCCUUCUGUGGCCUGGCACCCCCUGGCAGCCGGGGGCUGCGGUCCCAGCAGAUUUGUACCGGUCUGAGCGCCCGUGGUGGAAAUAAAAGUGUGCUGGCAGAG